CGCCCAUCUCAAACAACGCAACCAAAUGUCAUCUACCCCAACACCUACUAGCAAGCGCCGCAAAAUCCGUAAAGGAACGACAAGCUGCUGGGAAUGCAAGCGGAGAAAAGUGCGCUGCAGUCUCGUCGAUGACCCGCAGCCCGUGUGUGCUGCUUGUCGGCGGAGGGGGACCAAGUGCUUGACGCAGGAUAAUCCUGAAGGGGCUGGAGAUGGGGAUGGGAAUCACAAUCUUCCACCUCUCAACGAGCGCAUUGGGUGGGUAGAUGCGAUGGUUGAUGGGCUGACUGGGUGUGCCACGCCGACUCCAACAGCUGCGCCGAAUACGUAUACGUUUACGGGUACAUCGGUGACGCCGACUCCCGCUCAGACGGUGAGCACGACCAGUGAAGGCAACGAGGGGGCGCAUAGGGACUUGCGAUCGCGAGAUGGGGGACCGAGAGGCUCUGCGGCCCAGAUUGUACUUUCACCCCACGACCAAAUCCCGUACGCUGAUCUCUCCCGGGAGCUGCACGCGAGUCUACCACCGAGCGAAGAUGUCAACAGACUACGUGAGGCUGGUGCCCAUGUCUCCAUUGCGUUCGAUGUGGCCAUCAUGCGGCCAUACUCCGACAUGGAAAACAAUUGGUCGGAUGGAACGGAGUCGCUAUUACCCAUCCCCUCUGCAGCCUCGCAUCCGGUACUGCUGGCAAAGUACAUGUUCUCCAUCAUCAGGGUCCUGCAACAUCUCGAUUUCAAGAAAUCCUCUAAACAAAUCGUAGGCCUCUCAGACGCGCCGCAGAACAUGUCACGAUAUCUCGCGGAGACCGCGAUCCGCCUGGUGACUACUCGCGACGAACUACUGAACAACGUCGAAGGCCUCGAGUGCGUGGUCAUGGAGGCAUGUUACCACAUGAACCGCGGGAACUGGCGCCCGGUCUGGACGGCUAUCCGAAGGGCGAUGGCAGUCGCUCAGGUUAUGGGCGUUCAUCGUCCGGGUGUUCCGGUGCGAACGAUUAACCCGCAGUAUAAAGUCGAUAGAUCGCAUAUCUGGCAUCGCAUCGUAUACCUUGAUCGGUCGAUAUGUUUGUUUAUGGGCCUGCCGCAGGGUUCGCUGGAUCGGAGUAUGGCUUCCGAGCGGGCGCUUGGACUUGAUACUCCGCUCGGUCGGUUAGAGCGUCUGCAUUGUGCCAUUGCCUCGCGGGUCCUCGAGCGCAACGACUCCGGGCUAGAUACCAACCCGAUAGAAACUCUCAGAACGAUCGACAGCGAAAUCAACAAAGCCGCAGAAACGAUGCCCAGCGGCUGGUGGAUGUCGCCCACCCCCCUGGACGCGGCAAACAACUACAGAGACGGCACGAAUAAACCACCAGCCGUCGUCUGGGACAUGCUCCGCCUCGUCGCACAGAUUUACCAUUUUGGCCUCAUAAACCAGCUCCACGUCCCCUUUAUGCUCGGCUUUACAAUCGCCGCGGAACUCCAAACAUACUCACAAACCACAUGCAUCAACGCAUCUCGAGAGGUCCUCUCCCGAUACAUUUCAUUCCGCGCAUUCAACCGCGUCGCGUUCUCCGGCCGGAUAGCUGAUUUCUUCGCCCUGACUGCGGCGCUCCUGCUUCUGGUCGGGCAUAUCCGGCAGCACUCAGAUUCAUCAGAGUUCAAUCCCCUGCUACACCAGCGGCAUGGUGAUCGCGCGAUGGUGAAACAGGCAAUCGCACGCUUGCAGGAGGUCAGCUGGGUGACGGAAGAUAAACUCACAGCUAUGAGCGCUGGCAUCGUGAGUCGGCUGUUGGAAAUCGAGGCGGAAGCUGCGAGGGGAAUGGUAUAUACCACGCAGAGUAUCCAGCGUGGCGAGGAGGCGCCGCAGGAGGGAGUGGAGAACGUACCCCACGGCGCGACCGUGCUUCGCUUUUGCGUCCCGUAUUAUGGUAAAGUGCACAUUCUUCAUCAGGGCGUGGCGCCGCCACAGGAGGCAGUCACCUGGGGUGAGGGUCAGGGUCAGGGUGAGACUGGUGGCCUUAACUUGCCGGAUGCCGUCACAGCGACCCGGGCCUCAACGACCACUGGCCAGCCCAUUACUUCCAAUCUUCCCCAACCAUCAAGGAGGCCCCCGCAGCCGUGGUAUUCCGACGCCCAGUCGAAUAUUGGAGGACAAGAUUAUACUUUUCCGGGCUUGGAUUUGGCGUUCUUUGAUAGUUUGACUCAAGAGGCUACCGUAUCUGGGAAUGCGAAUACGCUUCAAGGCGCUUAGGUAGCGAGUGCAAACUGCCGCGGAUGUAAAUGGACCUACGUAAGUAUACUUCAUGGAUUAUGAAACACAUAGUUAGCCGUAACUGUAGGAAAAAUCCAUGAGGGCAAUGCCCAUCCUCCACAUGUUCUUUGGCUUCGGUGCAACAGCCUUGGCACGUCUAGCCUCGGGGGAAGACUUUGAGAAGCUGGGAGGCCUGAAUAGCAGCCCCGCUGGUCCAGGAUCCUCAGAAGUCACAUUUGCAGGCUAACGAGAUUAGCAAUGCCCAGGGGAAGGUUGACAGGACUGUGGUUAUACGAUUAUACGACGCAAGCAAUCAGGAGGCGUAUGCUUAUUGAGCGCUCCGCCCCCGAAGAUCGUCCAUACGUGUCGUAUUAGUCACGGGGCUUGUCUUCCGCCGAGCCCUAAUCGUCCUUCCGCC